AUGAGCUCCCUCCCUCACUCAAGGAGCCUCUCUAUCCAAGGAGCCUCUCCCUCCCUCCAAGUAGCUUCUCCCUCCCUCCAAGGAGAACCUCCCUCCCUCCAAGGAGCACCUCCAUCCAUGGAGCUCCCUCCCUCAAAAGAGCUCCCCCCUCCAAGUAGCUCCCCCCUCCAAGGAGAACCUCCCUCCCUCCAAGGAGCACCUCCCUCACUCAAGGAGCCUCUCUAUCCAAGGAGCUCCCUCCCUCCAAGUAGCUCCCUUACUCCAAGGAGCUCUUCCCUCCAAGGAGAACCUCCCUCCAAGGAGCCUCUCCCUCAAAAGAGCUCCCUCCCUCCAAGUAGCUCCCUUACUCCAAGGAGCCUCUCCCUCCAAGUAGCUCUUCCCUCCAAGGAGCUCCCUCCCUCAAAAGAGCUCCCUCCCUCCAAGGAGCCUCUCCCUCCAAGUAGCUCUUCCCUCCAAGGAGAACCUCCCUCCAAGGAGCCUCUCCCUCCAAGUAGCUCCCUCACUCAAGGAGCCUCUCUAUCCAAGGAGCUCCCUCCCUCCAAGUAG